UUAACUUAUGUAAUGGGCUAGAAAUACGAGUAAAGCCUUCUCCAUUAUAUGAAGCCGAAAAAACCUCAGCUCUCAUCAGUUAAGAAACCCUAAACUCAGAAAGAGAGCAGCUGCUGCUACAGCCGGAGGAGAGAGAAAAUCGUGAACUUCAACUAUGACUUUCAAGCGAAGGAACGGAGGCCGUAACAAGCAUGGUCGUGGCCAUGUCAAAUUCAUUCGCUGCUCCAACUGCGGCAAAUGCUGCCCUAAGGACAAGGCCAUCAAGAGAUUUAUUGUGAGGAAUAUUGUUGAACAAGCUGCUGUUCGUGAUGUUCAAGAAGCUUGUGUCUAUGAUGGCUACACUCUUCCAAAGCUGUACACAAAGAUGCAGUAUUGUGUUUCAUGUGCUAUCCACUCCCAUGUGGUGAGGGUGCGAUCUACCACCGACAGGAGGAAGCGUGACCCACCCCCUCGUUUCCCUAGACGCAAGGAGGAUGCACCAAGGGGGGCCGGUGCCGGUGCUGGUGCUGGUGCAGGAGCUCCAGGAGCUCGUCCUGCUGGUGCUCCAGGAGCUCGUCCAUAAACGCCAUAGAGAGCAAGUCAUGUUUAUCUUAAGCCUGAUGUUGAGUUUAUCUCACAGAUUUUGAGAACUUCAGUCCUAAGUUUGGAACAUAAGUUUUUUUACCUUAAGUAUACACAUGUGUUCUCUUUGUUUAGCUCUAUUUGGCCCUUAAGGGGGAUGAUUGUUAUUCAUUGUUUUAAUGCCUCAACUUGUUUUUCAAAAUCUGUUACAGUGCUUC